AUGACCGGAACACCGACAGCAGACAACGGCGCCUUAUCAACCUCACAUUCGCAGACUUUGGAUAUCAAAGUAUCAAGAAGAGGAGCGUUCGGAGGAGAGGAUCACCUUGUGUACACCGAGGAGCAUGGCGAAGAAGAGUUCAAACCGCUGAGGGUCAGGGAGCUGGUACGCCCGCCUGUGGUACGGCAAUGGAUGGAAGACGGCAAACUCUACCGAGAACCCUCUCAUCACGAAACACCUCGAAUCGAACUCUUCUUUGAUCUUCUCUUUGUCGCUAUCGUCCAUCAACUAGCCGACGCUGCUAUUGAGGAGCCCGGGGGCAAGUCUGUCGCGAGGUUUGUACUUACGUUCUGGCCUAGUUUUCAAACCAAAGCGGUACCGAUGAUGCACCUCCUCCACCGCGUCUGGGUGUUGAUCGGUAUGAUGACCCUCAUCGGCUACUCCGCAAAUGCCUCCGCUAUCGAAAUCCAUCCCGAAGGCGAGGAAGAAGAGCUCGAUCAUUCGGCAGUACGGGCAGCGGUAGCUUUCUGGCUUGUCAUCAAGUUGACGCGAGUCGUCGUUCUUUUCUACUAUGCUCUGAAGCUGCCAAAAUUUCGGUCAGCGCAUAUAUGGAAGGCGGUAGCAGUGCUAGUGCCUAUGUUCGUCUUACUACCUCUGAUAUGGGUUACAUCUCGCCCUGCUCAAAUCGUACUCGCUACUCUCCUCAUCAUUAUCGACAUAAUGCGUAUCGACCUCAUCUUCCUCCUCAUUCGUGGCCGCAUUCAUGCGUAUCGCCAGCGGCGACAAGAAGGGAUCAAGGGCUUGCAAGCGUGGGGGUUUAAGGGAUGGCACAGGAUGCCCGAUGUGAAGGGCGGGGGAGCGGUGCCGGUGGUGAAUAUUGAGCAUGCUACCGAGAGACUGGGGGCUUUUAUCGUCAUUGUCCUGGGCGAGAUGGUCAUGAACGUUGUGUAUACGGCUGCGAACGGCGAGAUGGGCGUCUCGCAUGAGUUUGGAAAGGCUGCUUUGGGGUUGAUGGUUGCUUGGGCGUUGAACUAUUUGUAUAUGCUUCCGAGCGAGCCUUCGGCCGAGUAUGAGCAUGCGUUUCGAAGGAGUUGGUUGACCGGCGUAUGUUUCAACUUCUUCCACUGGCCUCUCAGCGCAUCACUAGUACUCGCUUCGGCAGCAUGUGGAAAGAUGGUCGCAAACGAUGAAGUCGAGACUGGCGUCCAUUGGUACUGGGGAUGCGGUGUAGGAUUCGCCAUGCUGUUCAUUGCUCUACUUGAUCUUACUCAUUUCGAUCUUGCUCCAGGAGAAGCGCGUAUCCCUCGGUCUAUCCGCGCUAUCCUAUGCCUCGCGGCGGCUCUCUCCCUCAUACUCUUCUCCUUCGGCACCGAACAUAUGCCUUCGACAGGUAUUCUCGCUAUCACCGUCGGCAUCACUUGGUUCACCCUUGCCGUCUCGAUCUACGGACAGCUGCCAAAGCCGGGAGGAGUCACAACGCAGGAACGGGAAGAGCUGGAGAGGAGGAGG